ACACACCAGUGCCGAUGAUUAAUUUUUAACUCGCGAAGCUCGCAAUAUAAUAAGAGCUUCCUUUCUCGGUGGCUUAGCAACAGAACCUCUCCUGAGACUGAAAAGGUAGCAUUGGAAAAAGGAAACGGCCGGUGAUGGGAGCGUGCCUGUGUCCCCCAAACGAUUGCGACAACUCACGCCGAGGGCCCUACGGCCCGCUCUUCUUCCAUCCAUACGUCAAAGGGUCCCAAAUCGUCAUGGAUGAGUCCCAUCGUGUGGCCAGGCGAGUGGCCACUUUCCGCAAUGGCCUCGUCUUCUCCAACCGGCCUGUUGGGGUUUAUGAGAAGGUGGCCCUGAGGAUCUCCAAGGAUGACGGCAAGUGGCACGGUGGCUUGAGGGUGGGCUUCACCUGGGAAGACCCUUCACGCCUGAAUCCCCAAGACUUGCCUCCGUUCGCCUGCCCAAACCUGAUCCAACGAGGGAAGACUCGCGCCUGCCUCUUGCCAGAUGAACACUGUGAGGAAGGCACCGUUGUCAGCUUCUGGGUGGACGCCCGUGGCCGUGUUCUUUACAACAUCAACGGGGAGCCAGAACAAUUCUUGCUCUUGGAUGGGGUCUUGGUGACGUCUCCGCUUUGGGCUGUGGUGGACAUCUACGGCAGGACCAGAGCCAUCCAGCUAUUAGAUCCCUCAAGCCUCUCCACAAAUCAUGAUAUUCACCGUCUGCCUCCGUUGACUUGCAAGGUCUUCAAGGAGUCGAACUGCCGUGACUUUUCUCAUCUUUCAGAAAAACAAAGCCACAACGAAUGCGUCAUUUGCUUGGAGCAUGAGUCCAGCGCCAUGAUGCUGCCAUGCUCACAUGCCAACUUUUGCUCCGACUGCUCUUUAAAGGUCCUCAAAACCAGCAGACAAUGCCCACUUUGCAGGCGAAAAGUGAAGAAAAUCCUCAAUUUCUCCGUUUUUUAGCAGAAAAGGAGGCUCCGGAAUGGUUAUUUGAGCUCUUGGGUGAAUUCAUUUGGAACCCGAUGGAACCAAAAAGGUGAAGGAAAGGAGUGAUUUAAAGGAGAGAAAGAAAAGUGUCUCUUUUAUUGGAAGCUUGUUGGAACUAGAUCUAGUCCUCACCUUUGAAAUAUAGAUUUCCUAUUCGAGUGAGUGAUAUCUUUUUCCCAAGCCUGCAGGAGAAAUGAAAGAUUUUAAUUCAAUUUCUGCAUCAAGUGCCUGUUAAAAGUUAUAAGAACUGAACCCAUAAAAACACAGGGAAUCCUUAAAUUAAUUGUAUAUUUUCAAAUAUUAUUUUGUAAGAUACUCUGGGCAUUUUGGUUGCUAAAAAACAGAGUUUAUAAGCACUUAAAUAAUACAAACCUUGUAUCCACAAGAAACACGUUCCUGGACUUACUGUGGAUAAGCGAAGCCAUGGAUAAUAGUGAACCCUUCUUGCUCAAGAAUCCUAUAGAAUUGCACUGGAGGAUCUAGAAAAUGCCUAAAGAGGACAGAUUUUGUUGAAUGUAGAUAAUCGACAACAGACGGAAUUGGUCCUGCAGAUUCAGGAAUAAUACUAUAUGCCAGUAAUUAUUUUUCUAUAUUUUCAUUGUUACUACCUUAUUUUCAGUGGUGUCCAUUUUAAUUGUUCAUUCUUGUCCUGAUGUGCUUCGUCUAUAAGAGGCCUGGGCAAAAGGGUGGAAUGCAAGGAUGGAAGGCGGAAGGGAGGGAGGAAA